AUGCGAUACUCCUUCUCGCUCGGGGCUCUGUGCCUGUCAAUCAAUGUCGCACUAGGCGCCAGUAUCAGUGGAGCAGCAGUCUUUGUUGUCGAUUGCGUACAAUCAGGACAACCUUUACGAUCUUACCUUGCAUACUACUCUUCCGCAAACCCCGACUCUCAGCGCAAGCCUGACGCCCAGUCCUCCAUCAACCCUUCGAACGGCAACAAUGAGUAUCAGUCCGGAGGAUACAUAGAUGGCUACGACUCCUACUCAAUCAACAUCAACCAAGACUACAGCGAUGGUGGUAUCACAGGAUCUUUCACGCCUGAUUCUGCAUUGGCGCCCUGGAAGUGUUUUGGCUACGGUGGCAAGCUGCUGUACACAGACACGACCCAUAAUUCCAGCAGCAGCCCAUUCGCACAAUGCAUUACACGACACUAUUGCAUCCCGAACGCCCCUGGCGGGAGUUUCACCGCCAAGCUUCAGUUGUCAACCUCCUGCACGGGAGAUGAUAGCGGUGUGAACUCAGGAGAUGGCGCCAACAGCCCUGGUCACGGAGUCGACCUACCGAAGAAACACAGGAAGCGUUGCAGCAUCGCACCAGAUGACUUCCUAACGGUCUACCUAUACGAUGCUUCUGGAGCCCAGAUAUGUACUGCUCAGACCGAUGUAGGAGCUGACUACCGCGAUGCAACUGGCGAUUGGAAGCUUUGCGGAGCGACCGUGUCUGUGGUCAACCUUGAUGCUUCCUCUGCAGAAAUGAAAGCUCAGAUCAUUGCUGCGGACGGCUCGACUGUCAAUUGUGGACUGCAGAACUGUGAGGACCAUUAUAGUGGCGGCUUCUUUUCUACAGAUCAAAGAUAUACAUACAGCUGUGAUUGGUCGUGA